AUGGACAUCAUUAUUAAUAUUAUUAGGAACGCAGAGAAGAGUAGGAAAAAGAGACGAGCUAGAAUCGAGGCGUCAAAACCAGAAUGGGCUGGUGGUAUUACUCAAGAUGAGAUACUUGAUGAGAAAGCUGAGCAUAUGGCUAGAGUUAUGAAACAGAAUAUUACACGUGAAGGGAUGGAUGAUGUUGUUGAUGAAGAAUUACGACAAAAGCAGAGGAUGGAUGACCCUUUACAUAUGUUUGCACAUAAGUUGGAUCAUUAUACAUUCGAGGAUGGGGAUGAUGCUCAACAACAGCAAAAGAAGACAAAGACCAAAAGAUUCAACAUCAAACCAGGAUAUCGAUGGGAUGGGCUAGUAAGGGGUACUAACUAUGAACGUAGAUGGUUUGAAGAGAAGAAUACUGCUGAGUUCAAUGAGCGUGAAGCAUUUAGAUGGAUAGGUAUUGAUGAUGAUGGUAACUAG